CGCGUGAACAACGUUCGGUGUGAUAUUCGCAAAAACGAGAAAUCGGAAAGACUCCAAAACUACGGGAGCACAGCAUUCAUAGCCGAACCAACCCCAAAUCUAAUUUUAAAUUUGCGUGAAUUGCGUGGCGAAAACUUUACUCAGUGCUGGUCGUGUGCCUGUGACCCGGCACAGAACGUUCGAAACGGGACCGUAGAGUCCGUGACGCCAUAUUUGUUUUACGAUCGUGAGUGUGUGCUUAUGUGUAUGCGUGAGUGCCAGAAAGGGCCUCACGCGAGGCAUUAUACGUUGAAUGUACAUAUGUAAGAAAUAUAUGAAAACCGCGCCCCAACUUUUGGCAAUCGAAUCGAACCGAUUCGGCGGCUGCUGAGUGAAAUCAAGCUUCGUACCCAAUUUUUGAAGGUGAUAAAUGCAAAGAUUGUGAACGCCAGACUUCAGUCGGUUCUUUUGUGGUAGUGAAUGUGGGUUAGUACCUAUAUGAAUGCACGAACACAUACUUACAUAGUACAUGCAUAUGCAUAUGUCUGUGCACACCUUAAUAAAAUAUAAGUAGAUACCUGUGUAUGUGCACAUAUGUACAUAUAUAACAGAUGUCGAACGCGGGUUUUAGUGUGGCUCUGAAUGCGACUGCUUCUGUGUGUCCAACGCAACAUCGCAACAAAUAUCCGCUUACCUAAACGAAAAAAUUCUCGCAACAAAACAAGAACUGCACACACACACACACACACACACAGACACACACAGAUAGAGAAACAGAAACAGCUAACACAAACAUAUACAUGCGCACCUAUUAUACACAAAAGACAAACCAGAAAAUCCACAUUGCUGCUGACCCGCUGCCGUGCCCGCCCGUCCCAACAAGCACCGCCGUCAUCGCAGACACAACAUAACGUAACGAAAGGCAGCGUAACGUAAGCGUUAAGUCUUGUUGGUGUUGCUGUUUCUUUGUAUUUACGCUAUAACAUGAACAUGGGCGACUCCACGCCCAUCUGCCGCUGCCGAGUACUCUACUUGGGCAGCGCUGUGCCCCGCCAAAGCAAAGAUGGCCUGCAGGGCAUCCAGGAGCCGUUGCGGAGCCUCUAUCCAUCAGAGGGAGCUGUCGGCGCCAGGGGUAUCGACUCGUGGCUGAGUGUCUGGUCCAACGGGAUUCUGUUGGAGAACGUGGACGAGAACCUGAAGCAGAUUACCCGCUUCUUCCCCAUUGAGUCUCUACACUAUUGCGCAGCCGUGCGCCAGGUUCUGAUCCCCGAGCGUGGAAAUGCGCAUCCGGAGCCAAAGUUUCUGCCGUUGGACUCGCCGUUCGCGCGCAUGCCACGGGCGCAGCACCCGCCCAUCUUUGCGGCCAUUUUGCGGCGCACCACUGGCAUUAAGGUGCUCGAAUGCCACGUCUUCAUUUGCAAGCGUGAGGCGGCGGCCAACGCCCUAGUCAGAUGCUGUUUUCAUGCCUAUGCGGACAAUUCAUACGCUCGCCAGCUAGAGACGGGCAGCAGUGUGUACGGGACACUGAAGGGCGACACCACCACCAAGUCUAACGGCGACCUCACCACUGUGGGUCUGACUAAUGGCAACGACGAUCGCUCACGCAACGGCCACGGAGGAUGGCGCUCACGCGCCGGCAGCACCACAACGAUCAACAGUGUAGGCCGGACAUCAAACGUUCACGCAAUGAACGGCGGCAUGGGAAUCAAUGGAGGCAGCACCAGCAGCGCCGCCGAGGGCUACACAUCAGUCAAGAAUUUUUACGGAAGCAGCGCCGAUCUGAACGUAAAUGUCGACGAUGGCGAGGCUUCGCUCUUCAAUGGGGACGAAAAUCACAAAGUCUGGAGUGGCUCACAGGAUCAGCUCGAUAGUAUUGGCGCCAUCGAAAGUCCCUAUGAAGUCUAUACGGGAAACACAUCUACUCUGGGCCGUCCAAUGCGAGCGCGCCAGAUCAGCAUACCAAUUGACGUACCGCCUCCGCCAGUUAAGGAGGAGCGCAAGCCGAAAUCUGAUAAGAAGCUGUCCAAGUCAAGUAGCAGUCAGAGCUUGUCGGGCACUCUAAUCAGACCAAAGCCAAUACACCCUGCAGCUAUACAUCGGGCUGGCUUGCAGAUGCAUGGCGGUCCUGCGCCUGCCAGCGUCAUCUACGGACCGAUAUCCGGUCCACAUGCCGGACGUCAGUAUCACACAAUCAGUCAUCGUGGCUUCCCGCCGGGUCCGCCGCCCGCCCAUCUGGCCCACUAUCCGCACUCACACCUGCAUCAUCCGAUGCAGAUUCCGGUCAUGCUGCCACAACAGUACGCAACACUGCAGUCGUCGCGCUCCACAAGCAAGAAAAAAAAGAAGGAGAAGAAGAACUCGAGUGGUGGAGUGCCCGUUGGUAUGCCAAUAGUCCCACCUCUAUAUGCCUACCAUCAGCAGGCGAUGGGGGCCGGAGUGCCGCCCCCGGCAUUGGCUCAAUCGCUAAUUGGCGAGCCGCGUCCGUUGGGCUUGUCCAGUCGCAAAUUGGCAGCCUCCAUGGGCAACGGCUUGGACGACUCUGGCAAUUCAGGAGCCGAAUCUCCGGGAGGCACCGGCAUUUACCGGCGAAAGGGGCACCUAAACGAACGCGCAUUCAGCUAUUCCAUACGGCAGGAGCAUCGCAGUCGCAGCCACGGGUCACUGGCUAGUCUGCAAUUCAAUCCGCCAGACAUGAAGAAGGAGCGGGAAAUCGCCCAAAUGGUGGCCGGCCUAGAGCUGAACGACAGCGACGACAGACAGAUGGGACCAACAACACUGCAACGCAAGCAGGCGGCCAUGGUGAACGGAGCGGGGGCGCCUAUGGGCCAUGCACAAGCGAUUUACGGCAAUAGCGGCCCCGCGCCCAUAUACGGAAAUGGGCCUCUGGGACCCGCCAACAGCUUUGGAAAGCCGCGCAGAUAAAUAAAACACAUCGAAAAAUGCAAACAUUGAUGAUGAGCCAAGCGGCGAUUCGUCCAAUAAUGGAUAAUGGAGAUGCAUGUAGGUUUACGCAAUAAAGCGAUGCUGGUCAAAUAAAAAAGUGAAAUCAAUUCAAGUACACGAACAACAUAGAUACAUACACGUACGAGUAGCCGGAAAGAGCGCCUAAAAAGCAUUCUACUGAUACGCGAGUAUACUGAAAUAAUAAUAACAUAGCUGCAAGAUGCGUCCUAGAACGAUUCCAGGAUACACCAAGACAGACGGAAAGACAGACAGACACAAAGCAACAUCAACAUCAACAUCCACUUUCAACAAUGAAUACGUGUGCCUUAUUAGGUUUAUACCUUAAUACGUUCGAUAUAGAAACUGCUACGAAUGUAAUUGCAAUUACAAAAGGAAUAUAUAUGUGUGUACGUGUAUAUGCAAGUAUACGAGAGCAAUAUAUUCUAUGCGAAUCACUUAUGGAUAAAUAUAAAACAUAAUCUAGUAUAAAGCAAUAAAGAAUACCCCCACUGUAAACGAUCGGGAGUCAUGUAGUUCCCUUUCCGAAUUGCUCAAAUCACAAAUGUAAAAUAUAUUUUGUUACUCCAUCCAAUGCUGGUAAUGAAUAUGUACUCUUUCACAUUCCCUUGAUAAAAUAGUUCUUAUUUUGUCCAUAUUAGAUUCUAUUCUAUAAAAAAAAAAAAAACACAAUUAUAAUAAUCGUAUAUUGUAAUAUAAACAUGAAUAAAAUGUUAACUGAAAGCAA